UGCAGUUAAGCAGUAAUUGGUCAAUAUCAAUUAAAGACCUGAAAUUUAAAUAGUCUCUAUCGACCAUGUUUGUCGACAACGAACUCUGACUUAUUGAUUGAUUGUCACUACUUCUGUUUCCGCCGCCAUGGCAUGCCCCGUUCCUACUGCAAUUUCCAAUGGAUAUUAUGUCGGGGCUAAGGUGUCGUACGCUGCGGGUGACGUCAUACAGUACGUUUGUAACACUGAUUACGUCAUGUCCGGAAGCCCAAUGUCCAUUUGCGAUGCAACCGGAAAUUGGGUUCCUGCUUCUGGAUCCCUACCUGAGUGUAGCAUCUCAUAUUUUAGUAACAUCUGGUUUCUGCUGGUGAUAACGUUGAUAGGAUUCAUAGCUCUGAUCAUUAUUCUGAUUCUCGUGGUUAUAUGUUGCAGAGUGUGCUGUAAAAAACGUGUAUAUGAUGAGGAGAGUGAGACAGGGGGAGGCUGCUGCAGACCGCGCUGCUCGUGCUGUUCAGCGGACAGUGACGAUGAGGAUGACGGGAAACCGCUCCGUCCUGUGAGGAGAAAACCUCUCACGACGGCAAGAAAAGGUCCGGCUAAAAAGAGCACGGCAAAGAAAGGCACUGCAAAAAAAGUUAUAGGUAAAAAGACUGCCUCCAAAGCUGGCAAAGACAAAAACUCGAAGAAGAAAGUUGUGUCAAAGAAAGGAAAGCUGUUUAGUAAGUCUAAGGGCAAAAAAGGUGGUAAGACUUUAAAGAAAGGAAAGGGAAAAACACCAGGGAAGACACAGAGCGGCGAAGCUCGUGUUAACAAAAAAGUUUGGAAACCUUUCGCAAACCCUGUGAAAUCUUUGGACACAAGUACAAGUACAAAGAUAACAAAGAGGGUUCCACUAUAAACGAUAAAAACGUUACAAUAUACACUUAAAGAGCAGUGUACGAUUGAAUUAAAAUGUGUAUACGUCAAGAAAACUAACCAAUUAUUGUAACAGAAUGAUAACAAGAAAAGGACUUCUCAUAAAAUUAAAUAUAUACUUAAAAAAUCAUAAUUGUUACUUAUAAACUUAUGAAACAAAGGAAAACAACAUGUGGAAGAUAUAACAUAUCAGAUAUGAUUAGUGAGAACUCCGAGAUCCAAAAGAGACACGUCGGUCGUUGGACACCUUAAAUCAAGUACAGACAGUGUCAGAAGAAACUUCUGCACAACUUUUCACUUAAACUACUUCUAAACAUUGCUAAUGGAAACAAUUUGAUAUUAUUAAAGGACCAAUAUCAUUAAGGAAACUAGUAUUGUUUGUACAUGUAUUAAUUAUUUGUAUCAUUGAUUAUUUAACUAAUAAAACCAUCAAAGCUAUUGAAAAAUAGGCAUCUGCAUGCUAUGAAUGUAAAAAACUUUUAAAAAGUAUUUUAAUAUUUUCUUGCCUUACAUAAUAGGCAUUGUAUUAAAUUAUUAUUUUGUAUCUAGAUUCAAAUACCAAUGUUCGGUCAUCUAGGCUUUUAUGAUUUGUUUUCGUUUAACUUUUAUCACUUUUGUUCAAGUUACCUAGCAUUUCUAUCAUCAAAACUAUAAAUAAGCAGAUUAUUCCGACUCUCUUUACGGUACCAUUCAAGAUCAUUAGUUUAAAAACCAUGAGCUGGGCCUUUCUUACGGAGCAAACAGCUAAUAUUGACAGUCUUUCAAGCGGGUAAGGA